CUGCAAGCCUGCGCCGAAAGCAUCAACCCACGUCUCCGCCAGCCGCUAUGCCGCGGAGCAAGAAGCAACGAGCGUCUGCGGCCACCGUCGCAAGCCCAAUUUCAGCUCGACCUGCCAAAGCUAAGGCAUCGACCGUCGACGAUCGAGCCGCAAGCAUUCUGAGGCAAUGCCCACUUUCCGACACCUUUUGCGAGGGCCUGGCCGAGCAUCCAGAAAAGUUCCUGAUGAAGGACGAGCGGUUCUCGGGCGCCAUCAUGGCGGCCUCCAAAUGGCUCUUUGAUUUUGCCAAACUGUCGGAACCAACCAAGAUGAGCCCACUCGACGAGCUCAUGAUCGAUGGAUUUGAUUCCGAGCAAGUGUGGGAGCAGAUCCAGCUCCAGAAUGUCCCCAUGACUGCGUAUCUAAGCGAAAAGGUUCAGACCAUCAUUGAAAAUGGCGAUGUUGCAAUCGACGACGAAGACGACGAGCUGAGCGACAGUGAGCUCCCGCACAUGGAGGAGGACGAUGAUCUCGAAGACGCUGAAGCCAUGGACAGCGACGAUGAGUUGGACGGGCUCGAAGAUGAAGACGAAGAUGAAGACGAGGGCUUUGGCGAUGAUGGCGAUGAUGGCGACGAACUGGACGGCGACGAACUGGACGGCGACAUCGACCUCGAUGAAGAAGGUGACAACGAAGACGCUGAUGAUGAUGAAGAUCUUGGUGAAGACUUGGACCUUCCUGUAAAGCACAAGGGCAGAGCUGCCAAUGUCCGUCCAAAGAAGCAGUACGAGCAGACCGAGGUGGACGACGAGUUUUUCUCGCUCAGAGAGAUGGAGGAUUUUGCUGAACGCGCCGAGGCUCGUGACAUUCGAAAAGCCGAGCGCUCGGACGAAGAAGACGACGAAGACGACGAGUUUGAUAUGGGAAAAGAUUUCCUAACGCAAGACCCGGACGCGAUGGAAGAUAGCGAGGACGACAAUGACGAUCUUGAUGAUCUCGAUGCCUCCAAUAAUAUCACAUACGAAGAGUUCUUUGGUCCACGCGAGACCAAGAAGAAGGUCCAUUUUGGGGCGAAUGAGGCCACUCGCAAGUCGGCAAAGGGCGAUGGCGACAGCCACUCGGCCGCGACCGGGUUCCUGCCCUUCCCCGGUGCCAACCCCAGACAACCCGGGGACGCAGAGGACGCCAAGGCCGCAGAGAACACCGAAGACGCGGAGGACGGCGACGACAACAAGAUCACUGCCGACAAAGUCAAGGAUCUGUUUGACGCAGCCUUUGAUGAAGCUGAGGAUCAGGGGCUUUCGACAUUUGAGAAGCAGCAGCUGAAGCUGCAGGAGCAGAUCAAGGAAGUCGAAGCCGAGGCUCUGGCCGAAAAAUCCUGGACGAUGCGCGGCGAGGCUGGGUCCAAGACACGCCCCAUGAACUCGCUGCUGGAAGAAGAGCUCGAUGUCGAAUUGGCGGCCAAGCCCGUUCCGGCCAUCACGGAAGAGAAGACCAAGAGCCUGGAGGACCUGAUUAAGCAACGCAUCAAGGACAACCUGUUUGAUGACGUCGAGAAGAAGAUACCAACCAAGCCCCGCGAGUUUGAUCCCAACCGUCGAAUCGAGCUCAAUGACCAAAAGAGCAGCAGGUCGCUUGCCGAAGAGUACGAGGACGAUUACAUGCGACAAAAGCAAGCAGCGGCCUCAGGCGGCGCCACGGUAACGGCCAAGGACGAAGCACUGCAGAAGCAGCACGAGGAGAUUGAUGAGCUGUUCUCGAGCCUCUGCCACAACCUCGACAUCCUGUCCAACUGGCACUUCACACCGAAGCGAGCGACGGUCGACCUCGAGGUCCUGCCGUCUGUGUCGGUGCCAGCGAUCCAGAUGGAAGAGGUUACGCCUGCUGCCGUCUCGGACGCGGCCCUCCUGACAGCCAAGGAGGUCUAUGCGGGCCAGGUGGGAAAGAGCGAGGAAGAGAAAACAAGCGAAGACCGGAAGCGCGAGCGCAACAAGCGCAAGGCGAUCAUGCGCAAGGAAAAGGCCGAGAAAGAGCGCAACCGCAAGAUCAUGGAGAAGAGCCAUCCCGAGAAGAUCGACACUGGCAAGCGGGCCAAGGAGAAGGCUGUCGAGUCGCUCAUGGGCCAGAAGAAUGUGACGAUCAUUGGCGACGCCUCGAAGCUGAAAAAGGGCAAGAAGAACGUGCAAGCUCGUCUGGUCGAGAAGGGCGGGGCCGUGACCGAGUCCAAGAAGACAGAGCGGGCAGAGAACCUGCGGCUCUGAAGUGCGGUAUUGGGGUCGCCUUGCUUAUGCCGUUACAGCGGGACACAUUGUCACUUUCGGACAACAACACGCCGUGGCUGGAUCAUAUCAGUAGGGUUCACGGGGCAGGCGAUGGCGAUGAGCGGGAGCGUGUAGUUUGAGGGCCGAUCGCAUCUGAUCAUAUCUGGUCGCAUCUGGU